AUACAGAGUUUGGGUGUGUUGAAUAUUAUGGACACUUCCUACAGACAUCUUCAUUUAUUCUGGUAUAAAACAAACAGUAACACGACGAUCCGCCAGGACAAUGUUUUCAACUAUUUUAAUCAUUUCUUCAGUCACUAUCGAUGUAGGGCGUCCCGUGCGGGGGGUUCGUCGUUAAUAGAAGUUAUUUUGCGCUUGAACUCAACACACAACACCCAACCGUAGAAUAUGGUGGAGAAUGAGCCCCUAAUAUUGCUCUCGAGUCUUGCUUUACCAGUUCCGCAGUCAAAAUAAAAUUUUAUCCAUUUUUAACGACACGUUUCAACAUGACGCAAACAAAUUAAUUCAAUUUUUCAAAAAUAAAAGAUAAUUUAUUGCUUUUUUUUAAUAUAUAAGUAAUGUCUGAACUAUGCCUGCCAUUUAAUGUUAGGUGCCCGACUGGCAUGAGACUCUCGGGUUGUCAGUUCCGGUAUCGACCGGGGACGCGUGUAUUCCGCUUCAAAGUCUGGCGCGCACUAAUUGGGGGUGCGAAUGAUGCAACAGAUGCGCGGGCGCGGGUAGCGCGGGGUGGGUCUUCGCGGCACGGACCUGAGUCACAUUCCCUUUGGCUGCUGUUGCCCCGCGAAACGGAACGCUGCGUUACAGUGUAAUAAUAAUCAACAUCAACUUUUACAACGUCGCCCGCCGGCAGCCGAACAGAGCGGACGGGUAUUUGGACGUAUAACGUAUAUCUAUCUGAAUACGCGAGUGAUUGCGCACGUGUCUAUAAUUUGGUUUUUGUUUUAUUCAAAUAUUGUUUUGGGUUACCUUCAAUCGAGGACGGGAUUAUUGACUAAAUCGGGACUGCGCUCGGGCGCAGUCCGUCCGUAUUCUGGUCAAUGAGGUGUACGACUAUAAUCCUAGUGCACUAUGAGUGAAAAAGCAAACGAGACUGUUGAGAGCAACAAGAUGGAAGCUAAUAUGAGUAGACAAAAUAUGGAAGAUGAACGAAUACAAUCAAGAAGGAAUGAAGACGAAGAAAGUAUUGAUGAACAGCACAAUAAAUCUGGAGAAGUAGAAGAAGAAGACUUGAUGGAGACUGAGUACAAUAUUAGACAAAAUGAAGAGAAUGAAGAAGACUGGACAGUAGUAAAGAGGUCCAAGGCAAAACGCUGGAAACCGAACUCCGUUGAUGUUUGCAUCUCGAGCAAAAAUCAGCUACCAAAACAAUUCGCAUUGGCCAAACUAUUUCAUCGACUUAAUAUUGGUGGUAUAACUCGUGUGAAAUAUAUUAAUGCUUUUAAAGUCCUUCUAGCAUUUGAGGACAUAGCUUUUUCCGAAAAAUUCGCGGCAUGUCCUGAAAUUCAAGAACAAGGCUGGAGGAUUCAAAAUUCAUGGGAAGUAAAUAUCUCUUAUGGAAUUGUCAAAAACAUGGAAAUAGGCAUAUCUGAGGAUGACCUUAUGGAAAACAUUAGGACCAGCAAUAAUUGUGAAAUAGUAGCGAUCAAACGAUUGAAUAAACGGAACCCGGCUUCGCCAGGAUGGAUAGACAGUGAAACCAUUCGCCUCAGCUUCAAGGGUAACUCACUUCCGGAAUAUGUAUAUUUAUUCAAUACAAGGGUAAAAGUCGAAGCAUAUAUUUUCCCCGUAACACAAUGCUCAAAUUGCUGGCGUUUUGGUCAUAGUGCCAAAUAUUGUCCUUCUACAAAAAUAUUCUGCCCUAAAUGUGGGAAACAUCACCCUAAUUGCGAGACCAAUUCCUUCAAAUGUAUAAAUUGUAAAGGUAACCAUAUGGCCCUAGCUAAGACCUGCCCAAUAUAUUUGAAGGAAAGAAGAAUAAGAGAAAUCAUGUCGGAAUUUAACUGUACGUACCGCAAGGCUUCAUUGAUGUACGUACCACCUUUUUCACCAGCUGUUCACAGAGAAACGAGCGAGAAUAUCACUUAUACAAUGCAGAACACUACCUUUCCUACUGACCCACGUAAUAAGAAUUCAUAUGCAUCCGUCGUGUCUAAGAUAACCCAAGAUGGAAAUAAUACACUUUUUUCUAACGAACAUUUGAAGAGUUCCAAAAAAAAUAAAAGAAAAUCUAAAAAAAGGAAGCAACGUUUUUCGUCGGAUCAGUCCAUUCAUGAUUGGGAUGCGUCAUCACAAGCGUCGGAGACCAGCUCUAAUACUAGUGGACCUAUCAAGGAGGGAAAUCAAGACGCGGGGCAGGGGGGGUCCUGUCACCCGCAUAUACCUUCUACUUCAACGACGCAAGAUCCUAAACCACAAACGACACUACACGAUACAUCUAAAUAUUUUCGACGUGACCGUACUAGGAAGAUUCACUCGGGGUCUGAUAUUUCAAUUAUGGAGGUUCUGUACAAACUUAAAGAGAUAAAUAACUUAAAAGCGAACGGUAAAGAAGUGAUAUUGCAAUGGAUACCUUCUCACAUCGGUUUGUGUGGUAACGAAAGGGUGGAUAAGUUAGCUAAGGAAGCUUCUAGCGAUGGUGUACCAUUGAACAUAGUUCCUAAUUAUACCGAUUGUGUCAACUUAGUAAGAGAGGAAUGUUAUCGUCUAUGGAAGGUAUAUUUCGAUGAAAGGUCUUUGGAAAAAGGCGUGUGCGAUGAGAACAAUAGAAGAAGACAGAAAAGGGUGUUGCUGCCGGGAGCCAGGAGAAUGCUCAAGCCUUAUAGUGAGAGGAUAUGCAGGGCGCCGGGAGAUAAAUUGUACGGGUCCGAGAUGGAGCAGCUAGGAGUCAGCUCGAGUCCAAUGCUGAGGAGUUCAGUCACCCAUGCUACGUAA